AUGGGUCAGUCAGUGUCCAGGGGACGCCCACCUUCCACGUCUUCCCCCUUGGCGCCUCACGCCGAAGCCUCUGGCACUGCACAGCCCGAGUUGAGCAGCAGUCAACCAUCCUCAGAGGCUGCAGCCAUCCCUCCCCCUCCCUCCACUUCAACAAAACGUUCUCGACGUUCGUCUCUGCGUCACAGUAUACUGGGCUUGAUACCGAGUUCGCAUUCCUCUGCUUCUCUGUCCUCAGAUAGCACACAGCCUCCCAAGAAGCGCUGGCGCUCAUCAAGGCGGUGGUCGAAGGCACCUACUCAGUUAGCAGACCUCUCAGAGUCUGCACCAGUGAGUACUGUGCAGACAAAUAGCGUGGGCCCUCCGGAUUUUCCAGAUGACAAUGGGACACAUGGUUCGUCAGUGCCAGAUUCGCCAAUCGGAGGACUGCCUGAAGAAGAGCGGCUUAGUAGGGAUGCUGUCGUCCAGUCCGAGGAAACAUCUCAUGUUGUAGGAAAUGAGUUUGCUGGUGACGAAGUAUCUACAGGUGAUGAGGAGGUCCACCGAGGAGCUGCUGAAGUUGCAGACGGUGUCGAUGCCAUUGAAGCCUCUGGUACUGCAGGCAUCGUGUCUCAAACUCACGAUAUGGAUGAUGAAGGACUUCAAUCGGACCUCGCUACUGCUGAAACUACACAGACUGCGGAACCUGCACCCCAACUCGCCCGCCAGUUCCCGCCCCCAGGAACGCUGGUGGUUGUCCAAGGUGUUGUAAACACAACAGACGCCCCUAGUACGCAAGCACCGUCGUCGUCCUCAAGACCAGCACGCUCGACUGCGCCCCGCCCAAACUCGGUGUUCAGUUCUGUCCCGGCUGCAUCUUCUCUCAGACGAUCUGCCUCCAUUCCGAGUUCGAGUGGUCGCAAUCGCGAAGAACGGCAAGGCGGCAGAAACAGGUUUUCUGCUUUCAUACCACGUCCUGGCAGCAUGCUUUCCGGAAGACUGUCUUCAGAUGCUAAUCGUGUCGCAUCACAAGAGGGUAUUCCUCCCCGCAACUCUAUUGCUUCUUCCGAUCUCCCUUCCAAUAUCACUCACGAUACUGCAUCGGUAGCAGACUCAUAUAUGGGCGGUCAUUCUGUUGAAGAGAACGACUCUCAAAGUUCCGAAAGCGACGGGCGACCGCGACCCUUGUCUCCAGGUAGUAUCGACGUCCUCGGUACUCUCCUCAGCGUUGCUGCUGCUGCCACAGCUGCCUCUCUGUUUUCUCCUGGGCUUGCCAUGUCUGUCAAUGGCGGAGCCAAUAAUGUUCCCCAGCCUUUCAACCGUCCCAUGUCUCCAACUCCAACCGCGGGUCUCGGUAAUCUUGCAGGCUUAGGUGGUCUCACUGGCUUGGGUCUUCAUCCGACUUCCAAUCCUCAUGGUGUUGCGCAAGCUCAAAGAGAUGGUCGUGACCGGAUUAGGAACGUUUGGGAAAGCUUCAGGGACCGUCUCGGGCUGAACUCGCGCAACCCAGGCUAUUCUCCUUUCAGCUCUGAUGGGCAGGCCGCUGCGUCUGACGGUGAUGCGCGGAUGCGACCCGGGGAGCUUAUGCUCGCCGAGAUGGCUCGUGCGCUCAACAUCGGACUAGGCCUCAACGGCGACAGCACCACGGGCCCUCAACCAUCUCAACAAGGCGAUGAUGUAGAAUCGUCGACAACAUUUGGAAGUGCAGCUACAGCCUCCGGACCGGAAAGCGGAGAUAACACUCUUCCACCUGAGGACAGCUUCGAACGAUUCCUCAUUAAUCUUCAGGCUGAUCUCAGGACUGCACUGCUGGAAGACGGUGCCCCGCCAAGUGACGAGGCAGGUGGUGCUCCGGACGUACAUACCGAAACCGGAGAGGAGGCUGAGGCCGAGCCUGUCGCCGAUCCCUCCCCUCUUGCGGCCAGUGCUUCACCUGCAUCGGAAGAAAUUCGCUCCGAGCCUUCAAGUGAAGUGGACGACAAUGACGAGCCUCCCCCACUGGCGGACGACUCCGAUGAAUCCGAUUCAGAAGAUGAUGGUGAUGAGGCCAUGGACGACGCCGGCGAUGACGGUGCUCAGCCUUCGCGGCGUACGCCUACACCGAUUCCUAACACUGAGGGUGAGCGUAGGGCGCCAGGCAUCAACCUUUGGCGCCUGUAUCGCUUCCAGCCAAUACCAGCGACCCAGACCCAGGUCCAUAUUGCUAGCACGAGCGUUGGAUUGCCCCCUAACCCCGCCCCUGAAGGCGACGCUACCACUCAAACACCACACCCUCCCUCCCCUACCUUCUCCGUUUCUGAUCCUUCGUCGGCAUCGCCUUCUGAAAGCUCCGAUUCUGCUCCAACACCGUCCACAUCGACAGAUCCGAACGCCAACGUCGUGGUGCCUGUCAUUGUCGUUGGCUUGCAAUCCGUUGACAUGGGUCAAGCUCAAGGGCAUGCACACGGUGGCGCGGAUGCUGUGUUCUCGCCAGAAGAUAUACGAACGGCGGAGAGCAGGGCGGGCUCGUUCGAUGGUAUACCAGGCGAAGGCACCGCGCACCCACCUCGUGGCAGGACAUGGCAAUCACGUGCUGCGAAUGCUUUCAGGACCUUACGUCCCGGACGGAGAGGUGGCUCUGGUGGGCGGCCAACGAGUGAGGCGACAGGCUCGAGGACCUUCUUGAUCUAUGUGAUAGGAGGGUAUUAUCCACCAAAUCAUCACAUGGUCACUGGCUCUGACAGUUUGGACUCGUAUGAGGCGUUAUGGGAACUUGCCGAGUUGCUUGGACAAGUCAAACCACCUGUUGCGACAAAAGAAGACAUCGACAACUCUGGCUUGCGGAUCAUUCAAACAUCUGACCUCAUAGAGUAUGAGAAGGAGGGGCGAGUAGCGUCGAACUGCGUUGAGCGAUGUCUGAUUUGUCUCGACGAAUACGGAUCAGAUGACAGCCUUCGUCUCAUGUCUUGUAAGCACGCGUUCCAUAUGGACUGUGUUGACAAGUGGCUGCAAGUGGGGCGCAACAAUUGUCCAGCUUGCCGAACAAAAGGCGUGUCUACGGCUGGCGACUCGAGCACUUGA